AUGAAACAGAAUAACUGGGAAGCGGGUACUAUCAGCGUAAGCGCUGGAACAGCAGCGUAUCGUUUCCUGAAAGGGGAAGAAGAGGGCAAGCUCGGGCUCAACGUUUGUCAACAGCCCACAGAGGCUGAAGAAACGCCUGGCGGCUGCACCGCAACGACGCCCGGUGACCGGCGCAGGAGACUCUCCGGCCGCCGCAACGCGACACGGGCGCAGGCCGCCCGCGCCGUGGUGGUGGUGUGUGCGGAGCGGCCUGCUGAGGGGGGCGAGGGCGAACCCCCUUCCCCUCCUCGCUCAGCUACUGCAGAAGCACGUUUGCUCAGGAGUAAAGGCUGGGAUGCUGCUUAUGAGCGAGAACUGCAGACUUUCCAAGACACUGGAGAUGCUGGGGAAAUUUGGUUUGGAGAAGAAAGCAUGAUUCGCUUAAUCAGAUGGAUGCAAAAACGCAAGAUCCCCCUUGACAGCUCUGUGCUUGACAUUGGAACUGGAAAUGGUGUUUUACUGGUUGAACUGGCAAAAUCUGGUUACACUAAUCUCACUGGGAUUGAUUACUCUCCUUCUGCAAUACAACUUUCAGAAAAAGUAAAAGAGAAAGAAGGGAUGUCUAACAUUAAAUUCCAGGUAGAAGACUUCCUGGCUCUAUCAGCUGAGCUGUCAGGAUUUCAAAUUUGUAUUGACAAGGGGACUUUUGAUGCCAUAAGCCUUAAUCCUGAGAAUGCGGUUGGAAAGAGGAAGCAGUAUGUGAGAUCUCUCUGCAGUGUGUUGAAACCAGAAGGCUUUUUCCUCAUAACAUCUUGUAACUGGACCAAGGAGGAGUUACUGAAUGAGUUCAGAGAAGGAUUUGAAAUUCUGGAGGAGCUGCCAACACCCAAGUUUUGCUUUGGAGGAAGAAUUGGAAACAGUGUAACAGCCUUGGUUUUCCAAAGAAAAAAAGUGGAACCAUCCAUCUUGGAUAAAUUAGAUUAGUUGAGAAAAGAAAAGCCUGGACUUUAAAGAAAACCUGACAAAAAACCUCAGACACGUGUGUAAAUAAAUACUCUCUGAGUGCACAGUAAAACACUGUGUAUGGAACUCCAAGGGACUGUAAAAUGUUGCCCUAGGAACAUUUCAACUUUGCAUAACUUGCCUGUAAAUUUUGUCCUUGCUACAACCUUAUUUGUUUUGGGAAGCUGCGAGUUUGUAAGUGAGAGGAAAACAAGGCAUUCUGAUUUUUAUGACUAAUACAACUGAAUGCUUUUUGCAUUUGGAAUGCAAAGAUUAUGUGUUUUUUAAUUUUUAUUUUGAUAACUGGUCAUCAGUAGAGGCAAAUGUAUUUUAUAAAGCAGAAAUCUCUUUUCUCUGUUGUGUGGUAUAAUGGGAACAAGCUAUUAACUGCUGGAUCUUUUAUUUUUUUCUUAGGUAAACAUGAAUGUAACAGCAUUAUCCAAAACCAAUAUUUAGUUAAAUAAGGACGGAAAUGAAUAUAAAAGCUGUAGCACUUGCAAAACAGAAACAGCGCGUUAAAUUCAGAUUUUCAGAAGUUCUCAGACUCAGCGUAGUUCUGUUUCCACUGAAAUAGCCUCCCUCUGGGGGAAAAGAGUUGAUCUAUUGAGUGUUUUUACAAAAUCUCACUUGCCUGAAUGUAUGCAUGCUUUGCCAGUUAUUUCCACCGAUUCCAGGAAUAUAUAAAGGUGCGAUGUUAUAAUAUCACUAGUAGGUGACACAUACCUCUUUCAUUAUUAGUUUGCUAUAUAGUAACGUCUUGAGAGCCAAUAACGAACAUCUGCUUUUCCAGUGAAUUUUUCAGGACAGAUUUUAGCUGCAUAAACCCCAAAGAGUACAAGGCGUAACUAUUCACUCCAUUUUUUUUCCUUCUGUGUGUGAUCCUUUUCUUUUUUAAAUUUCCUUGCCUUCAUUUCUUCUGGUUUUGCAGAAUCCUGCUAUUGCUUGAAAGGAUGGAAAGCAAUAUUUCCUUAUGCCUUGACAGCCGUUUGCAGGUGACAGUAAGCAUGUUAUUUCAAGCAUCCAGGAGGUCCUAUUAGGAAAUGAGUUUUCGUUUCAUGGAAGAAGGUGACGUUUGUUCAGAGGACUGCUCUUCACAGUUUCGAGUCUGAGCGGGGUUCAGGAGGUCUCUAACGGUCAAGAAAUAUUUCUAGCAGUUCCCCAGGGUAAGAAAUGCGGCAGAAACGGUGUGCGCUGUGGUGGAUCCUCCCUCUGUUAUCAGUCCGAUGAUGUCUUCAAGGCAGGAAUCCUAAAUUCUAUACAUCUUUUUGUACAACGGGACAAUAGUGGUUGCUUUGGAAGAAUAGCCUAACCGCAGUGGUGAGGAAGCUUAGGUCCAGUGAAUAGAGUUCUUUGCGUAUUUCAUUAGGCUCAUUUUCCUAAUUUAAGUGCCAAAACCAAGAUCUUGUCAUCAUCUUAGUAACUAUUGUAGUACAAUGUAUUCCAUCUGCCCCAAAGGCUUCCAGCAGCCAACAGGAAUGCUAUUAAAUGUCAGACAUAGUGUAUUUUUGAUGGAGUUGUUCAAAGGAUUCAAAGUACACUACUGAUACCAAGCUCAGUACAAAAGGUAUGGCACUUUUGUAACAAAUCUGGGAUCAGUUAGGGUUAAUAAAGGCAAAUUUUAAUGGGCAAGUACUCUAGCAGGAUAUGUUUGGGGCAGCUGUUUUAUCCGCAUCUGUAAUUUUUGCUAAUGAAGGCACGAUACGGAUUUAAUCAUGGAAUGAGAAUAAAUUAAUGACUGUGCUGGAUUUUCUUUUAAUCAACUAAGGGGAAUUUACUGUAGAUUCACACUGCAUAAGAUACAUAGCUUUCAGGGCAAGUAUUGAUUUCUUCUACAUGUAGGAUUGAUUGUUUGGUUUUGUUUUUAGAUACUAUUUGUCUAUCAUUUUGAAAGUUAAGAAAUAAGCUUCCUAAAAUAGCUGCAUAUAAAUCUUGACACCAGAAAUCAUGAAAAAUAUGUCAUGCAAGUUGCAAAGACAGCAUGUGGUUCCUGUGCCCUACCUUUGGGAUUGUGGGGUCCAGUCAUAAGGUGCGUACACAGAUAAUGUCACCGCUAAAAUAUUAUCUUGCUGUCUGAAGGCAUCGCAGGCCUGUUGUUAGGAGCCUUUAAUACUGGUUAUCUGAAGGAGUUUGGGACAGGAAUGUGUUCUUCCCCAUAGACAAGGGUCUGUUCUUUGUGCAUAGGCAGUUGUCUUUAUCAUCUCUGUGUUACGUUCAGGCAGAAUGCACGUGCCUGUCUCUUUCUCAGGUCUGUAUAGAGGUUUACGAGUAGCAUGCACAAGAAGGCGGAAAAGAAAGAGUCUGCAGAUAGGCACAUGUAUGGGGAGGAAAGGUUAGGAGUGGGAAAAUGGGUAGGCUCUCACAAGUGGAAUGGCUUUGAUUCUUAUGUUUGUAGCGGCUCCUGUGCAGUCUCAGAUGACUGCAUGAGCUAUUGCUUGAACCUAAUGAUUUCUCCCUCUAAUCUGUGUAGUUCUAUGUAAUCUAUGUAGCAUAAAUGCAGUGCACAUAUCCUAAGACAGGCCCAAGCACUUUCAAGUAUCACUGGGGAGUAGAAAAAUCCUUGUAAAACAUAUUUUGGGAGGUUUUUUUUAAGAUAAUAAGAACCGAAGGCCUACUAUUUGAAAAUUACUGUGUCAGAAAUGUGAUGAAUAAUGGAGUCUAGGCAGUGGUUUUAAUACUGACUAUCAAUGGCUUUUUAUUGACUAGUAAGAUUUGGAAAUGACAUGUCAGUGUCCUUGAUUUUGGGCAGUUCAUCUGGCUAGAUGCUUCUUUGUGAAGGUAUGAUCUUUCAAUUGUUAUGCUUUUCAUUGAAAAGCCUAUUUAAAAAAGGGAAGAAAUGAGCAGUGAGUCGGGAGCUAUGGGUCUCCGCUUGUGGUUUGGGGAGCAUUUCAUGGUGGUUCGUAAAGGUGGGUAUUGUCAUAAAUGCACAGAUGCGUGACUUGGUUUCAGCUGCAAAGUCAGACUACAGGUGAA